CUAUGAAUCUGUUUCUCUUUUUCAGAUAAGUUAAUUUGCAUCAUCUUUUAAGAUGCCGCAUGUAAGCAAUAUCAGACGAUACUUGUCUGACUUUCUUCACUUAGGACAAUAGUCUCUAGGUCCAUCCACGUGGCUGCCAAUGGCCCUGUUUCGCUCCUUAUAUGACUGAGUCGUGGUCCGCUGUGUGUGUGCAAUGGAACCACACCUUCUUCAUCCAUGCACCUGUUGGUGGAUGUUUACGUUGCUUCCAUGUCUUGGCUGUUGUGAGCAGCGCUGCUCUGGUGUGUAGACACUUCAGGUGCCGUGUCUGGAGAAGAAUGCCUCGUCCCUGUGUGUCUUGCUGUAGUACUCUCCGUUUAAGAGAAAAUUACCCACUGGAGAGGCGAAGAUUUUCUGCUGCUCUUUUUGUGUCUUUUUUCAUAGUCAGCAGGACAGAACGUCUUUUCGGGUCUGCUGGCCGUUUAUAUUUCCUGUCCAAGUUGUUUGCCUGUUGUCGAGGUGUUGUUGAAUUAGAGUAAUGAGUCCUUUGAAGCAGUUGUUGCAAAUACUUCUCCCGGUUGGACUACUGAGUCUAACAGCCUGAGAGAGGGGGGUCUGGGAGUUGCCAGAAGGACAGUCCCUUUUGGAGGCACGCACGGCGCCCUGGUGACGUGCGUCCCGGCUGGGCCUGUCCCCAGGCUCCAGUCUCCUAUUACUGCAGGAACACCCCUGCCUGGUAGAGCUGCUGUUCCAUGUGCUGAAACCCCAGGAUCUGAGUUCCAGAAUCCUGUCCUUCGCACUCCGCCUCGCAGGGAUCUUUGCGGCCCAGGAGAACUGCUUCCAGUUCCUCCAGGUGAGCCUGGGCCUCCCACCUGCGUGACCCACCUUCCCCUGCAGGUGCCCAGCAGUGGUGGCUGUCGUGGCCCCCGAGCCUCUGAAACUCGCUUCGCCCCCGUACCUUGAUGUGUUCCACAGGGUUUUUAUUCCUGGGUAUAGUCCUCCUUUGAAAAACUCACCAGGAACGGAUUGGGGUGGAGGGUGAACUUUUUGGAAUCAGACAGAGCUGGGGUUGGGCCUCUGCCCCUUCGUGGGUGCCCCUCAGUUCAGCAGUGCAAGCUCCUAAGGCCCCGCCCACCCCAGCUAACGGUGGGGCAGACUUUCCAGGGUGUUCCACACUGAAGCCUGUUACAGGAAAUGACUUCAUGUCUGAUCAUCCUUCCGUACAUACCUCAGCAUUUCCAGAAUCACGUUCGGGUUAUCCUGAGAGCCCGGGCCAGUUCGCAGGUCAGGAGCCAUCGCCUCUGUCUCCGGGUGAGGAGACAGCGAAGGCUCAGUAGAGGAACGCCACAGGACCGGCAGGGCUCACAGCGGACCCUGCAAAGUCGGGCUGCUGGCGUGGUCGGUCACACCAUCUGCCUCCCUGAAACAGAUCCUCAGUCCCGAUCACGUGGGUUUUCCCAGCUUCUCUGACUUCUGGGUGCUCCCUGGUUCCUGUCUCUUCUUCUCCAUCUCUUUUUCCUUCCUGCAGCCAACCGUGGCUGUGGAGGCUUAGCAGGCCGUGGGCUGCCCUUCUGUCUGGUGGCUGGCCCCUGCAUACGGGGACAAGGGACACGGCAGGUUUGGGCCCUGCGUCACAGAGGCAGCUUGCCUUGGGCCCUGGGCCCCUGGCACUGGCUUGGGCUCCUGUUCCCUUUUCGGCUUCCCUUUCACAGAACCCCAGGGCUGCUUGUCAGUGAGAUGCUCAGCAUGGGCCCCGUCUGGGCAGGGGGCUUGUGGACAGAAGACAUGAGGCUGGGGGCUGAGCCUUGGUGCCCUCCCACUGGCUACAGGCUGCCCCCAGGAGGGCUGUAACUUUGGGGGGCCAUUUAGAUGAUGGGUGAUCCCACAGAGGGCCUCCCUGUGGGCUGCCACCAGCAGCGGUGCCCCGUAAGGCCAUCGUGGGGUCAGACUCAUCCUCCAGUGAUUGAAAGAGCGUCUUCUCGGCCCAGGGAUCCUGCACCCGGAGUCUGAGAUGACUAGAGGCACCCUGUCCCUCGAGGGUGGGGCCAGCAUUUUAUUGUCAAGAUAGACAAGGCUCUGAGCAAGUCACGGCCCCGGGGAGGGGCUCUGGGGGAAAGAGGCAGCCCCUGAGUUCCCACUCACUGUACUGGGCCCUGUGGGGAACAGGAACCUCGGGCACAUGGCAGGGGUCAGGGCGGUGUGCUGCUGUGCCGCAGGUGGACACCUGUGCGCAGAUGGGCACUGAGUGGGGAGUCGGGCACUGCCUGCUGUGGGCGGGGGGCAGCGGGCUCACAGCUGGGUCCGAAGGGCUUGGAGCAGGUGUAUGUGCAGGGCAGGCCUGACACACGGGGUGUGCUGGGGAGUCUGGGGUGGGGGCCAUCUGGAGGAGGGCACGAACCCCACGUGCCAAGCACAGAGCCCAGGGGGCUGUGGAGACCUGCGGGUGUCUCCGGGCAGAGGGCGUCAUGGCCAGAGGGGUCGUUUGGCGUUUUGGCGGUGUUUGCGGUGGGAGGGGCUUCUGGAGCGCACUGUGACAGGGUCGGAGCCUGAGUGUGACACCCAGCCCUUCCCAAGUUCUCUCCCUGGGAGGCCGAGCCGGGUUCACUCGGCUCAUUCCUCCUUCACUUCCAGCAGGGGGAGCUGCUGCCCGGGCUCUUCGGGGAGCCGGGCCCCCUCGGGGCAGCAGCCUGGGCGGCCCCCUCCGUGCGCAGCGGCUGGAUCCAAGGCCUGCACUCUCUGGCGCAGCACCCCAGUGCCUUGCGCUUCCUUGCCGACUCGGGGAGAUCCCAGCCUGUUUGUGGCCUCCGCCGCUGGGCAGCUCCUGGUGCGUGUCCUGGACUUGGCCCUGCGCGGGCCCGCUGAGGGGCGCGUUUGCCCACAGGCCUGGGACUGGCCGGCCUGUGCCCGGAAGGUCGUGUGUCACCUCGAAGACUGCCUGCGCUCCGAGGCCACCCCGCGGGUCACGCAGGCCCUGCACGUCCUGACCACCACGUUCGGGCACUGCCGUGGCCUCUGGACGCAGGGCCUUUGGGCGCGGCUGAGCCCCCUCGUGGCCCGCCUGCUCGAGAAGGACCCGGUGCCGGCCCCGCACGCGCUUGUGGACCUCCUCCUCGGCGUGGCCCGCUCUCCUGUGCUGAGCUCUGACCCUGGCCUGUGGGAGACCGCAGCGCAGGCCCUCAGCCGCCUGAGCCCCACGCAGGCAGGGCCUCUGGCCGCGGGGAUCCUGAAACUGCAGGACUGUCCCCAGGCGCUGAGGAUCCAGGCCUUCAGCAUCCUCCUCCAGCCCCUGGCCCAUGUCCUGGAAGCCACUGCUCAGGCCCCCGGAACGCCACGCUUGCUGGAGGGGGCCGCAGGCGACCUGAUGGCCGUGGACACGUUCCCACCCUCCAGGUCGGCGUGCGUGGGUCUCCUGUGCAGCGCCCUGGCCCACCUGGAGCUGCUGCAGCCCCUGCCCCAGCGCCCCUCGCCCUGGCCCCAGGCGCCCCUGCUUGCCGCUGUGGUGACGAUACUGCGAUUCUGCAAUGGCUCAGCAGCCCCCAGCUCCGAGGCAGGCGGCCGCCUGUGCGCGAUGCUGGUGGGCUGUGUCCGCGUCCAGCGAGCUGCCCUGGAUUUCCUGGGGGUCCUGUCUCAGGGACUGGGCCCCCAGGAGUUGGUGACGCAGGUGUUUGCCAUCCUGCUGGAGUACCUCGUGAGCCCCGACUCCAGCCCCACGGUUCUGAAGAAGGCCUUCCAGGCCACACUCCGCUGGCUCCUGAGCUCAGCCACACCUCCCGGCUGCUGUGACCUGGAGCCCUACGCCCAGCUGGUCCUCGGAGAGCUGCUUGCCGUGCUACAGAAGCGCCUGUGCAGCCCCUGCUGGGAGGUGAGGGACUCGGGCCUCGAGUUCCUGACCCAGAUGACCAGACACUGGGGAGGGCAGGGCAGCUUCAGACAGGCGCUGCUAGGCUCGGAGGUGCCCGAGCUCACCAGGCAGCUCCUGCAAGACCCUGAGAGCUACGUCCGUGCAAGUGCAGUGGCCGCCGUGGGGCAGCUGUCCAGCUGGGGGCUGCUCACCGCCCCCUCCAGCCCUGAGCACCCAGCCGUCCCGCAGAAGACCCCACUCGAGGAGCUUCUGCUCGUCCUGACCACAGACUCAGAGGGGUUCCCCCGGCGGGCCGUCAUGCGGGUCUUCACCGAGUGGCUGCGGGACGGCUACGCAGAUGUGGCUGAGGACCCGGAGCAGUCCGUGGCCCCGGUGCUGCGGGCGGCGAGCAGGGACCUGGACUGGGAGGUACGCGUCCAGGGCCUGGAGCUGGCGCUGGUGUUCCUGGAGCAGCUGCUGGGCCCCCGCGGCCCCUCCACGGCGGCCCCGCCCGGCGCACUGACCCAGGCCCUGCAGGCCCUCUGCCGGGUCCAGCUCUUCGAGUUCGCCUUCCGGUCCUUGUUUGACUGUGACCGCCCCGUGGCCCAGAAGUCCUGUGACCUCCUCCUCUUCCUGAAGGCCAAGGCCACUCCCUCCGGCAGCCAGCAGGAGGUGGGGGACGGUCCCAAUGUGGCCUCUGUGGAGGCCGCCCUGCGGAGGUGGCAGGCCGGUGAACAGGGUCAGCCCCUGGGGGAGCUGGCGCCCGAGGCUGUCCUGGCUGUGCUGAGGUCCAUGGACCUGGAGGCCCUUCGAGACACCCUGGCCGAGAGCAGUGACCACGUGGAGAGGAGCCCCCAGUCCCUCCUGCAGGACAUGCUGGCCACCGUGGGCGUCCUGGGAGACAACGAGGCCGACUGCUACUGACCAGCUGAGCAGCGCCUCCCUGGGACCCUGCGGCCCCACAGCCCUCCCUCGGGCCCUGCCCUCCCUGGGACCCUGCUGGGGCCUCCCCGGGACCCUGCUGGGGCCCCACGGCCCUCCCUCGGGCCCUGCCCUCCCCGGGACCCUGCUGGGGCCCCACUGCCUUUCCUCGGGCCCUGCCCUCCCCGGGACCCUGCUGGGGCCCCACGACCCUUCCUCGGGCCCUGCCCUCCCAGGGGUCUGGCCGGGCGCCCAGGGGACCUUCUGGGAUCCAGGACCAGGCGAGCCCAGCAAGGUCAAGGAGUCCCAUUUUGAUGUAUUGCUGAAGAAAUGGCUCAUUUUCUACUCAAAAUAAAUGUCUUGUGACCAUG